CACUGCCAGAGCGGCUUCUUCACCUCAACAUCCAGCGGGAGAAAUGGAUGCGUAGCGUUUACCCUGAAGGCACCUGUAUACUCGCUUCUGUCCCUUUCUCUCUCUCUUUCUCUUCCCCCUCUCUCUCAAUCUCUCUCUCUCUCGCUCUCUUUCUCUCUCUCUCUCCAUCUCUAUCUCUUUCUCUCUCCAUCUCUAUCUCUUCAGCCAGCGUCUAUGGGUUCCACCAGAGCCAGAAGAGGAGCACCCCCAUACACAAUGUCUUAGUCUAUAGUGGGUUUAGUAUCUGCAGGGGUUGCUGAUUUGUUCCCCCUGCUCCUCUCCCCCGGUCAUGGAGUUCACCUCUUCAUCUGUGUUUGACCAGCACAAAGACUGUGCUGAGGAGGUCGACUUGAGUGUGGUGUUCCAAGCAGCAGCCACAGGAGACGUCAACACUCUGACAGCCACGAUACGUGAGGACCCGUCCAUCCUGGAGUACUGCGAUAGUGAAGGCUCCACACCGCUGAUGCACGCCGUCUCUGGGAGGCAGGUGGACACAGUGAAACUGCUGCUGAAGAUGGGAGCAUCCAUCAACACUCAGGACGCCUGCGGCCGGACAUCUCUCUCCCUCGCCACGUACCUGGGCUGGCUGGAAGGAUGUGUUUGUUUGCUGCGAAACGGAGCCAAACAGAACAUCCCUGAUAAGAACGGGCGCUUGCCUCUCCAUGCUGCUACCGCUGAGGUCGACCUCAGACUCAUGGCUGUGUUAUUGCAACAAUCAACACUGUGUGAAAUAAACCAUCAGGAUAAUGAGGGAAUGACCGCUCUUCACUGGGCAUCCUUCCAUAACCGUCCAGAGCACGUGCAGGCUCUGCUGCAGAAAGGAGCCGACCCCACACUGGUGGAUAAAGACUUUAAGACUGCACUUCACUGGGCUGUGCAGAGUGGUAGCCGAUUUAUGUGCUCACUGAUUCUUGACCACCACCUCGGCUCCUCCGUCAUCAACUACGACGACGAGAAUGGCAAAACCUGUGUUCACAUUGCCGCGGCUGCAGGCUACAGCGACAUCAUCUAUGAGCUCGCGCGUGUCCCUGAGACCAACCUGCAGGCUCUGGAUGUGGAUGAGCGGACCCCUCUGCACUGGGCAGCUGCAGCAGGGAAGGAGGACUGUGUGCAGGCUUUGCUUCAGCUGGGUGUGGAGCCCGGCCCCAGAGACAUCAACGAGAACACUCCUCUGACAUAUGCCAUGUACUGCGGCCACACCGCCUGCAUCAAACUCCUCUCAGCUGAAAACAGGUCCGAGUCAAUCCAACAGCUACACUCUCAAAGCACUGAUCCGUCUAUUAGAAAGGAGGGCAAAUUCCGUGUGCUGAACCACAUCUUCUCUUGUAAAAAGAAGAAAGAGCUGCACGCUGCGCGGCAGAGGGAGCUGAGCCGGGAACGCCACCUGCAAGAGGAGACCUCCGAAGUGGACGACAUCAUCACCAUGUUCGACUGCAUCGUGGACCUACCAGGCAAGGAGGAGAGCAGAAAGCACCUCAACGAGCCCGAAAAGCUCCAUCUGCUUGAGGACCCUCCAGCCAAGGACUACAAGAGCCUGCCGCCCAUACGCACGCAGAGUCUUCCACCGAUCACGCUGGGAAACUCUCUGUUAGCCAACUCACAUACUGCGGCACACAGAACUGUCUCAGGGCAGAUGGUCAGUCAUCUGGCCCACAGAUCGCAGAAAAGCAAGAGUGAGCAUGACCUGUUUGACAGCAGAACGAAGGGUCAGAAAGUUUCUGGUCCUGCCUGGAAAACUGAAUCAAGCCAGUUGUUAACCCAGAAGGCUUGGAUCUCACCUCCAUCUGAAAGAUUGUUGGAUAAACUGUUGCGUGAAACAACAAGUCCGAUAGACGUUCUUUGCUCCAACCACACACCCUAUAUACAAAGGAAUGACCAAGCUGCAAAUGCUCACCUUGUACCACUGAGAACACGAGAAUCAGCCCUGACGCGCAACAGCCUGGCUCCGAUUCGCGACCACUGCACUCACAGAUUCUCUUUACCGCCUGAUCAAGUCUCUCAAGGAGUGAAGAAGUCUAAAUCUCUGCCCCUCAGCUCUUUGGGACGCAGUCUAGCAGGACUUCCACCUCCUUUAACCUCCAAAGUCCAGAGACCUAGCAUUCCUCUGUGCUCCUUUCCUGCUCCUCUGACCACCGAGCCCCUGCGGAACAUACAAGUUCUUCCUGCAAUCCCUCCUCAAAGGAAACGUAGCCCCUCACCUCCCAAACUCCAGAAAACAGCUCAGAGUAGCUCAGACAGCUCUACCUGAUGGAUCUUCAGUUUACUAGUGACAACAACGAAGAAGGUGACCUCCGCUCAGCCACAUUGUAACUGACUACUUUCUGUACACUUGAAUUGAUAAUAUUCUUCAGGUUUGAUUGUUUGGAGCAAAAGCUGCAUGUGCCCAGGAGUUGUCAGUCCAUUUCUUGGCAAGAAGACAAGGAGAAGAUUGAAACUCCAUUUCAAAGCAUAGCUAAGAUGUUUGAUAAAGUUUAUGAACCUAUCAGCCUAUUUUUCCAUGCAUUUUUACAGAGUAAUUGAUUUUUUGUCUAUGGCAUGCACUGUCUACUCUCUGGUUUUCUGGUUUACCUUGUAACCUUAACACUUAAACAUACGGUUUAAGUGUCUGACAUGAAUGUUUUCAAUUAUCAAU